CUGACAGUGUGGCAAGAGGAGACAUGUUAUACACAGACCUCAGACUGAAGAUGAUGAUGCUGAUGUGGAUUACAGCAAUGCUUUUUAAUAAAAUUGCAGAUUCUACACAGACCGAGGGCGUCAAUCAACCGAACACAAUGAUCACUGCUGAUGUGGGUGAGAACGUGACUCUGCACUGCUUUCGACCGGGAGAGGAAAAUACCGAUUCCAUCGUCUGGUACAAACAAAAAGUCGGACAUGAACCUUGUGUAAUGGUCUCAGUUCAGCAUGAACCCAAAUAUGAGAAAGAAUUCAAUCCACCAAAAUUCAGCAUUGAGAAAGAAAUAAAAGAAAAAGGCUUCCAUUUGAAAAUUGCCAACGUGGAACCAUCAGAUGAAGCCAUGUAUUACUGUGGAUAUAGAAAAUUUUUUAUAAGGUUUGGAAAGGGAACAUUUUUAGCAGUGAAAGGUGAUGGAGAUGUAAAAGUGUCAGUGUUCCAGAGCGUCGUGUCGGACUCGGUUCCUGCAGGAGCGUCAGUGACUCUGCAGUGCUCGGUUCUCUCUAAGAGCAGAUCAGCAGAUCUCCAAGUGCUCUGGUUCAGAGCUGCUCCACCACAACCCCGUCCUCAAAUCAUUUACACUCAUCACAACAGCAGCCAUCAGUGUGAGAGCGGCUCUUCUACACACACCUGUGUGUACAACUUCUCCAAGAACAUCCUCAGCCUCAGUGAUACUGGAACUUACUACUGCGCUGUGGCCGUGUGUGGGAAGAUCAUUUUUGGGAACGGGACACGAGUACAGUUGGAGAGAUCUGUGGAUCCUGUAGUGAUCUACCUCGCUGUAGCUUUGGGAUUGUGUGUGGUCGUGAUCUUUGCUUUGAUCUUUGUCAUAACCUGUGGAUGGAGACACUUUGAAAAACGCAGGGUGAGACGCAAACAAGGUUCUGUGACGGACAAGACCCUCAAUCAGGACUGUGACAGUGUGGAGCUGAAUUAUGCUGCCUUACAUGUCAAUGAGAGGAGAGCCAAAAUAGGACGAGUGAAGAAACAACAACCUCAAGACGUUAUAUAUUCUGAUGUGCGACGUCCUUCUGUAACUUAGAUUUGAUCUCUAAUCUGAUUCAGUGUCAUUAGUUCUGUUAUCAGGUUUCAUUUGUACUGUAGAUAUGUUUUUGUUAAUGAUUGUUAAACUGAAAUCUGUAUGAUCUAGAAGUCUCAAAAUCUCUGAAACACUGGAACACUGGA